CGAGCUUCAUCCGUGGCGUCGUCUUGACAACGGCCAGAGUUUAGCCGCCGUUGUUUAGGCUAAUAGUGGAAGAAGCCGUUUUAGUUUAUUUAGAUUAAUGCAACAACAUUAAAACACCUACUUCUCAGCUGAUAUCAUCAUGCUGUAAUGGCCACAAGUAAUCCGUCAGCGUUUCUUCUAUCGAUCAACGGGCAGAUUGAAGGAGCGAACUUUCCAGAAUACGAUGAUUUGUACUGUAAAUACUGUUUCGUCUAUGGCCACAAUUGGGCUCCCACCUCGGGUUUGGAAGAAGGCAUCUCCCAAAUAACGUGUAAGGGCAGUCAGUCCUCACACCGAUUAAUCUGGAACUUUCCUCUGGAAAUCACCUUUAAGAGCUCAAACCCCUCUGGAUGGCCUCUGAUUGUGGUGAGCGUCUACGGUCCUGACAUAUUUGGCAACGAUGUGAUCCGAGGCUACGGAGCCACACACAUCCCCUUCACACCCGGACAACAUACACGAACAAUCCCCAUGUUUGUUCCAGAGUCCACAUCAAGAUUUCAGAAAUUCACAAGCUGGCUCCUGGGACGACGGCCUGAGUUCACAGAUGCAAAAGUUGUGGCCCGGAGUGAAGGCAGAGAAGUGAUGCGAGUUCGUUCCCAAGGUUUCGUCUCUUUGUCAUUUAACAUUGUGACCAAAGACAUGAAGAAACUGGGCUAUGACACGACGCCGUCAAAAGCAGCCAAUCAGACGGGCGAUAUUUAACCUACAUAACCACAUCAAACGCUGGGAUCCAGAAAACCUUAACUUCCUCUGCAAGCCAAAAUUGUCACUCCCACGACCCGUGUGGAAAUCCUCAGUGACAUUUAUACACACAAUGGUGAAAAUAUUUCCACAUUUGCAAAAGUUAUAGAUUUAAAAUGUGUAGAAAUGAAAUGUUUUGGACCAGAUGAUUUUAGAUGUUAAACAUUCAGCAGCUUCAGUUAUUUGUGUCACUUGUUUAUAUUUUGUACUUUUUUUUUUAAAUAAAUCAGAAAUGAU